CAACUUCUCUCUCUCCAAAAUUAGCACCCAUCCCUUCUCUCUCUCUAUAUAUUAUAUGAUUUGUGUCUAUAUAACUAACGGUAUAUAGCCGGCGAAGUUGUAAUAUUUUCUUGUUGUAGUAAUAAAAGUCUACCAUCAACCGUCCAAUGUGUAGACUUUGACCGAUCGAUCUUGAUCGGAGAUUCAUCGCCGCCGAUGGGGCAUUGCUGCAGCAAGAACGUCUCCGCCUCCGUCGUCAAGGACGACACCACCGUCUCCGUCGCCCCCAACCACCGCGCAAAACCGCCUCUUCCGGCGGCGACUCCCUCCGGUAACGGAACCGUAGACGUCCAGUCCAAUAAGAACACUCCAGCUCACUCCUUCUCGGCUAGCCCAUGGCAAAGUCCUUACCCCGCCGGAGUUGCACCGUCGCCGGCGAUGACUCCGCGGAGGAUAUUCAAGUGGCCUUUCCCUCCGCCAUCGCCGGCGAAGCCGAUCAUGUCGGCGAUUCUGAAGCGGCAGGCGCCGCCGAAGCCGGCGAAGGGGCCGAUACCGGAAGACGACGGUGGAGAUGGUGAAGUGCUCGAUAAGAGCUUCGGUUAUCCGAAGAACUUUGCCGCCAAGUAUGAAUUGGGGAAGGAGGUAGGGCGAGGGCAUUUUGGUCAUACUUGUUGUGCAAAGGGUAAGAAGGGAGAGCUUAAGAAUCAACCUGUGGCUGUGAAGAUAAUUUCCAAAGCUAAGAUGACAACAGCAAUAUCAAUUGAAGAUGUUCGUAGGGAAGUGAUGAUAUUAAAAGCCUUGUCUGGACAUAAGAAUCUGAUCAAAUAUUACGAUGCCUUUGAGGAUGCCCACAACGUCUACAUCGUAAUGGAAUUAUGUGAAGGUGGAGAAUUACUAGACAGAAUUUUAUCGAGAGGUGGAAGAUACACGGAGAAAGAUGCUAAGGCUAUUGUCAUCCAGAUAUUAAGUGUGGUUGCUUUCUGUCAUCUUCAAGGUGUCGUACACCGUGAUCUAAAACCAGAGAAUUUUCUCUUUACUACUAGAGAUGAGGAUGCUCCUAUGAAGUUGAUAGAUUUUGGUCUAUCUGAUUUUAUCAGCCCAGAUCAACGUCUCAAUGAUAUUGUUGGUAGUGCAUACUAUGUUGCACCAGAAGUACUCCAUAGAUCAUACAGUCUUGAAGCAGAUAUUUGGAGCAUUGGAGUGAUAACAUAUAUACUGUUAUGUGGGAGCAGACCCUUCUGGGCACGAACUGAAUCAGGAAUUUUUCGUUCUGUCCUAAGGGCCGAUCCAAAUUUUGAUGAUUCACCUUGGCCUGGGGUAUCAGCAGAAGCCAAAGAUUUUCUCAAACGGCUUUUGAACAAGGAUCACAGGAAAAGAAUGACUGCUGCCCAAGCACUAACUCACCCGUGGUUGCGAGAUGAAAACUACUCUGUGCCGUUAGAUAUUCUGAUCUACAAAUUAGUGAAGUCAUAUGUUCGUGCCACACCUUUGAAGCGUGCAGCGCUUAAGGCUCUCUCAAAUGCUUUAACAGAAGAUGAACUCAUUUACCUGAGGGCUCAAUUUGAGCUAUUGGAACCAAAAGAUGGGUGUGUCUCACUCAAUAAUUUCAAAAUGGCCCUUACCAAAAAUGUAACUGAUGCCAUGAAAGAGUCAAGGGUUCCUGAUAUUUUAAAACUGAUGGAGCCGCUCACUUAUAAAAAGAUGAAUUUUGAGGAAUUUUGUGCCGCUGCAAUUAGCACGUAUCAGCUUGAGGCUCUUGAAGGUUGGGAGAAUAUUGCAAGUACAGCAUUCGAGUAUUUUGAACAAGAAGGAAACCGAGUCAUUUCAAUCGAGGAAUUAGCCCAGGAAAUGAAUUUGGGGCAGGCAACGCACUCUUUGCUCAAGGAUUGGGUUAGAAGCUCUGAUGGAAAACUCAGUUUCCUCGGGUAUACCAAGUUGUUGCAUGGUGUGACAAUUCGUAGUACUAAUACAAAACAUCAAUAGCAUGUCUACUGAGGGACAUAUAUAUAGUAAUUGUCACAAUAAACUUCCUUGAGAAGUGCUUUAUUUUCUUCUCUCUCUCUUUUUUUAUUUGUUUAUUUGUUUAUAUUUUUUUAUUACUUGUGUAGAAAUGAAUGUGAAGACAGGAUCAUAUAUCAAGAUUCUUGAGGCAAUACAACUCCAUUCCAACUCUUGUGAAA